UGAUCACACAAACAUAUAUAUAUACAGAAACAAAAAUGGGGUUUGCAGAUGAAGAAGCAAGUGGUGGUGGGUUUUGGCAGUGGAACACCCCACUGCCAUAUCUGUACUGUGGGGUUGCCAUCGUUGUGGCAAUUAUUGCCACUUCAUUACUGUUUCUUCUGUUCAGCCACAAGGAUGAUGACCCUGCUGCUGUUGCUGCAGUAUUAUCAGAAGGAGAUGAUGAGAAGAAGAAGAAGAAGAAGAAGCAAGAAAUGGAGAUUAGGGUUUUGGAUCCUGAGCCUAAGGUGGUUGUGGUGUUUGGGGGAGAUGGCAGACCACUGUAUGUGGCAAGGCCCCAGAGUUCUAUUAAUAAUAAGCAGCAUUUUUGUGACCAGGAAGCUGCACCAAAAAUGGAGUCUGCUUCCCAGAUGUUUGGAGAGGCUGCUGAAGAAGAAGAAGAAUGUCACAGCAGCAAUGAAUCUGGUUGGACAACCUAUCUUGCUUCUCCCUCAAACAAUGAUGAUUCCUCCGAAGAAUUCAGCAAUGGAGAUUCCAUUGGACAAAACAGUGAUGAAGAAGAUGAUUGCCACGUCGACGACGACAAGGAUGAUGAUGAUGAUUCCAUGGCUUCUGAUGCCUCGUCCGGCCAUACUCACCGCCGGAAGCACAACGCCGGCCGGAAUGGUGAGAGUAGUAGCUCCAGCUACAAGGUUAAGACGCCAUGGGUUAAGAAGAAGAAGGAAGGGAAGAGAACUGUGCCUGUUUAUAGUUCCAAGGAGAGUAAAAAAGUGUCUAAAGACAACUAGUAAAAUCUCAAUAGCUAGGUGUUAAAGAAUCAAA